AGGGCAGUAUGGUUCACUUUGGCCGUAUUUCAGAGAGGAACUCUGAGAUGACUUGGAGAGAAGUUUGCUAGCAACCUGCUGACCUAGAGCACAGCAACAACAAGGGAUAAGACGCGACUACUGGGGGUUCACAUGAUCGUGUUUUCAUGCUCGAAUGAACAAAUCCAAAAAGUGCUGAGCCAGAUUGUGCUGCAAGUUUGGGUUCCGGGUUAAACUUUGUAAGAAAGGGAAAGGAUACGGAUCGGGACUAUUGUUUUUAUGCGAUCAGAUGGUGAAAUUCCAUUAGUUUUCUGAACAUGAUUUUUAGUUCUGUGUUCUAAGCUUUUUUACUUUUCUUCUCACUGGUGUAGAAUGAUUGUGUUAGUCUCGAAGUUCAUAUUUAAUAGUAAUUGCACCCCGUGAUUGCUCUUGCCUUGAACGUAAACAGCGUUCAGCAUUGGGUUGGUCUGAAAUAGCAUGAGCUGAGUCGGAAAGAGUGGAUGAAGCAACAGGAUUCCUAAAACCAUUGUGCAAUAGAUUAAACCAAACGCACCUUGGACAAAUGUAAUCAAUAUCGCCAAAUUUCGUUUGGCACUUUGUAUACGUGGGGGUAUCUCCAACAUUCAAUACAAUGGCUGACGAAAACGAGACGGAGGUGUAUGCUUAUGAACAGGUUCUUAUUUUGAUUUCUUGUGUGCUGUCAUUUUUGGGAUCUACCCUGAUAAUAUGCACCUAUGUCAUUUGGACAGAUUUAAGGACCAAGCCAAGAAAGCUCCUCGUUUAUUUAUCAGUCGCCGACUUGCUGUCCGCGAUUUCUUACUCCUAUGGAGUUGGGAAGAUUUUCAAAUCGAACACUUGGGACUGCGUUCUUCAAGGUGCGAUAUCCACUUUCGCCAAUACAAGCUCGUUUUUCUGGACUGUGGCGAUUGCAGUUUACUUGUAUAUUUUCAUCGUGAGGUCCAAUCAGCAACUUGCUGACAGCCUGGUGCUGUGGUUCCACAUAAUCAGCUGGGGCCUGCCCCUGGGGAUCACGGUGGCGGCUGUCAGCCUGCAGAAGAUCGGGUACGAUGCCUCCGAGGUGUCUGUAGGCUGGUGCUGGGUCAGCAUCCACGCCCCCGAUUACGUGCUGUGGAUGCUGCUGACGGGGAAGAUCUGGGAGUUCGCGGCCUACCUCACACUCCCCGUGCUCUACAUCCUCAUCAAGAAGCACAUCCAUCGAGCGCAUGCUGCUCUCUCAGAGUACCGGCCCAUUCUGGCCACCAGUUCCCAGGCCCAGUCGCGGUCUUCCAUGGCCGACAGGAAGAUGACCCUCAUCCCCAUCAUCUUCAUCGCCCUGCGGAUAUGGAGCAGCCUGCGCUUCUUGCUCUUGCUGAUGGAAUCCCCUGCUGUCCAGAGCCCCCUGCUGGUCACCCUGCACGGGAUCGGGAACACCUUCCAGGGAGCGGCCAACUGCAUCAUGUUUGCGCUGUGCACGAAGCCGGUGAGGUCCCGCCUGCUCGCCGCCGUCUGCUGCUGCCGCCGCCGGCGCGCGGAGAGUGGGAACGCCGACACGUCCGUCCACGAGACGCCCGGCGUAGACGCCGCGGGCCCGCGCGGGUGGGGUGGCGAGGAGGACUGCUGACCGCAGCGUCCAGGGCGAGAUCGCCGAAACUAGGGACGCUGCAGCCCGUUAGCAGUGAGCUAACGCGGGGGGCCGAGUGUCCGUCCAUCGCUGCCUUUAUGUUUCGGAAAGUGCCUUUAAGGUCAGUGGACAAACUCAAACACGCACAGCCAUCUCUUGGACUACACUAGUGCAAACAGUGAGAGGCUGUUUAAAGGUUUUUUUUUGUUGUUUCCUUAAUAUGCAUGUACGGUCAUUUUUUCUCUCUUGUUUGAUCUCAGUGUGAAGAAAGUUAAGUUAAACGUGGCAUUGUUUGAGUCAUACAAAUCAGCACCAGUUGGUGGUGCACUGUAGGUGAAUGCAUAUCACUCGGUUCCAGAUUUUCAAGUUUUUCAACUCAAGAGGUGCCGAGGCUGUGUUAAACUAUCUCUCUAUCUGCGUUAGUUGUCUCUGACCACCUUUUUAUAUCAGUGGGUAUGAUACAAGUCUUCCAGGGAGGCAAUGUUGCAAUUCAGACUUUGUACACUGGUGUAUAGUGACAGACCACUACAUUGUCAUAAUGGUAACAAUGGUAAGACAACCAUGGUGACCCGCUACAGUGGUUGUGCCUUGGCAUUAUUGUGUGAAUUAAUUAAAAUGUUUUUAUAUCUAAUCUCUCUCAUUGUGGUGAGUGAGUAUAAGAUGUCCUUCAGGGAAGAAAUGGUCAAUAUUCCUUGAAUGUGAAGACUCUUACACAUUGCUAUUGCUGUAUAUUUUAUAUUUGUAGAUAGUGUUUGUUUUGUAAACAUUUUUUUUUUUUUCAAUUUUUGGUACUCUUUUGGAUGGACGAUUUUGGUACUAUGGAUUUAUUAUACUUGUGUUGAAUCAAUUCACUAUAAAUGUAAAAGAAAAUCGCCCAAUGUUUGUUUUUUUGCUGCCUAUGUUUAUUAUGUAGUUCCAUUUAGUUUCAUUUUUAUCCUUUAUGCCACCUUUCGUAAAAAAAAAAAAAAAAAAAUGUCCUCUAUAGGGAAUGGGUGAAUUCUAAUUGUCUUACCUUCAUGAAUUAUGGAUUGGACAUUAAAAUAUGAAAAUAGGUCAAGGUUCAAAUUUGAAGCCAAAGUAAACUGUGGCAUUAUAGUGGGGGAAAAAAGGUUUUUACACAGUCUUGUAACAGUGGGGUGAAAAGUGUACUGUACUGUAAAUGUUUUGUUUUCCUGGAAUUUUUAUGAGGGUUGUGUAUUUUCACUUCAGUUGCAAUUCCUGUGUAGCAUAAAUUCCAUUUUGUAGCAUAAAGGUUACUGAAAUACUGAA